AUGGCCUUGGUAUCUGGCCCAGGAAGGGCUGGAGGUACCUCGCUGGACCAGGAACUGCACAUCUUGAAACAUGUCGCGUACAUCAAGAACCUGGAUACUAGGAAAGAGGAGCUGGAAUAUUGGCUUACCGAGCACCUGCGACUCAAUGGGGUCUAUUGGGGCCUGACAGCCCUGCAUCUUCUCGGUCAUCCCGACGCAUUGCCCCGAGAGGAAACCAUUGAAUUUGUGCUCUCAUGUCAAAAAGAUAACGGAGGAUUUGGUGCCGCCCCUGGCCAUGACGCUCACAUGCUGUAUACUGUCUCUGCAGUCCAGGUUCUGGUCAUGAUUAACGCAGUAGACGAGCUGGAGAAGAGAGGUCGAGGGGGCAAGCAGAAAGUGGGAUCCUUCAUCGCAAAUCUGCAGAAUCGUGAGGAUGGCUCCUUUAUGGGUGACGAGUGGGGCGAGACUGAUACUCGAUUCCUCUAUGGUGCUUUCAAUGCCCUAUCGCUCUUGGAUCUCAUGGACCUAGUCGAUGUCCCCAAAGCGGUUGCGUAUGUUCAAAGCUGCGAGAACUUGGAUGGGGCCUAUGGCCUCUUUCCCGGUGCAGAAUCUCACUCUGGGCAAGUGUUCACCUGCAUUGGUGCUCUCUCCAUUGCCGGGCGCUUGGAUCUGGUGAACAGGGACCGCCUCGGUGCCUGGCUGAGUGAACGCCAAAUCGACAAGGGUGGCUUUAACGGGCGCCCUGAAAAACUUCCCGACUCUUGCUAUACUUGGUGGGUCGGAUCAAGUCUAGCCAUGAUUGACCGACUUCACUGGAUUGAUGGCAAGAAGCUUGCCGGAUUCGUCCUUCAAUGCCAGGAUUCCGAAGGAGGUGGCCUAGCCGACCGACCUGGAAACAUGGUUGAUGUUUACCAUACCCACUUUGGUCUGGCAGGCUUGAGUCUUCUCGGGGUUGAAGGCCUGCAGGAAAUCGAUCCUGUGUACUGUCUGCCCAAAUCUGUCAUCGCUCGAUGCUUUGGAAAGUGA